CGCUUUCUUUCAUAUGCUUUCUUUAUGAGUGACUCUCCGCUAUUUGCUGAUUUCUGCAAUCUAUUACAGACUCUUAGCAAUCAACGAGGAACUGAAGAGAAAAAAAAGAGGUUACGAAGAUUUGUUCAUACAUGGCGAGUCAAGUAUGGUGACUUCCUACCAGCAAUGAGAUUACUGCUGCCUCAGGUCGACAAGAAUCGAUAUCGGCUCAAAGAAUCUAGAUUGGCAAAAGCAUAUAUCGAUGCAUUGGGUCUAGGACGAGACUCUGAAGAUGCAUACGAACUGCUGAAAUGGAAACUGCCAUCCAGUUCGAAGUAUAGCAAAUCCUCAGGAGACUUUUCGGCUGUAGCCUAUGAGAUUAUUCGAAGUCGAUCGACUGUCACAGUUCCUACAAGGACAGUGCAUGAAACUGUGGAGUUACUAGACGACAUCAAUGCAUCUUCUGGAAAUGAAAAGAAGCAAAGUGACUAUUUUAAGUUUGCCGUAACGCAUUAUACGGCGGAAGAGCAUCAAUGGCUGAUAAGGACUAUCCUCAAAGACCUGAAAAUUGGCAUGUCAGAAACUUCGGUUUUCGAUGUCUAUCACCCGCAAGCGAAAGAGCUUUACAGCGUUACGAGCGACCUAAAGAAAGUCUGCGAAAAACUGCAAGAUCCAUUUGCGCGCAUUGGCAAAUCUACUAUACAACUGUUCCACCCGUUCAAGCCACAAUUGGGACAGAAGCAGGUUCCAAAAAAUGUAAAGCAAUUAGCACACAAUGGUCGAUUUUACAUCGAGGAAAAGGUGGACGGUGAAAGAGCUCAAAUGCAUUAUGAAAAACUAUCAGGAGAUUUCAAGUGGUUUUCAAGGAAGGCAACAGACUACACAGACUUGUAUGGAUCUAGCAAAGACUCGCUGGAUAAGUUAUCCGGCCAAGUGGCGAGCUGCUUAGCAGCCGACAGCUUUAUUCUUGAUGGUGAACUGGUGGCAUACGACCCACAGCUAGACGUCUUCUUACCGUUUGGCACCUUGAAAUCUUCUGUACUUCAUGGCCCGUUUGACAUUGAUGAUAUUCAUCCCUGCUUUCUCGUCUUUGAUAUUGUCUAUUGUAACGGCGUUUCUUUGAUCGACCAUCCUAUGGAACAGCGCCUUGAGGUAUUGAAGGCAGUUGUAACUGAGAGACGUGGUUGCAUCAGCUUCAUCUUUCGCAAAGAAGGAACAACAUUCCAACACAUAGUUCAGGCAUUGGAUGAGGCUACCACUUUAAAUCAAGAAGGAAUUGUGGUAAAAAACCCAGGCUCCAUCUACGAGCCAGGCGCUCGUAACCAUUCUUGGGUGAAGGUGAAACCCGAUUAUAUAGACGAACUGCGAGAUAAUUGCGAUCUUCUUAUCGUAGGCGCCGAUUAUGGAACUGGCAAGCGUGGUAGUAAGCUAUCUCAGUUCCUUUGCGCUAUCCGAGAUGAUAGAUUAUCCAGUGAUGAGAGUCCAAAAUUUGCGACGUUUGCCUGGAUUGGCACUGGGUAUACCGUCAAUGAGUUGGAGGAAUUCUCUAAAAUACGACAACACUUCAGAUCUUACAAUCCAAGAUCACAACCUGAGUGGCUGGUCCAUCCAGAAAAGUCUAGCGAAAGCCCUGAUAUGAUCAUAGACUAUCAUAAUUCAAUUGUGGUUGAAGUCAAAGCUGCCGAAAUCUGUUACGCUAAUACUUACGGAUCUGGGUAUUCCCUAAGGUUUCCGAGAUUCGCCCGCUUCCGUCCUGACAAGUCGUGGAAAGAUUGCAUGACAUACCAAGAUGUGGUAACUAUGAAACGAGAAGGUGGUCAAAUGAAUCUCAGUAUGAGCAGCAGGCGACCGCUGUCUCAAGACACUUUCUUGAACCAAAAAAAGAAACGACUGGCCAUCAAAGACAUCAAUAGGAAGAGAAAAGGGACCUCAUUGAUUCCUACUCAGAUUGGAACUGAUAGUAGUGGUAUCAAGAUUCACACCAGCCUGUUUGAAGGCAUGACUUUCUAUGUUGUCUCCGGAGACGAUAGCCACAAUAAGGCUGAAUUAGAGAAAGUCAUCAAGUCACACGGAGGUUCUUAUGAGCAGACUGCCAAAAAUGCUAACUACGUUAUAGCUGGUAGUAAUAUUAAUGGAGUACGAAUAAUGGCGUUGAUCCAAAGCCAAGAGCAUGACAUAAUUUUACCUACAUGGAUUAUGGAUUGCGUAAAGUCCCAGGACAUCGUUCCAAUAACGCCAAAAUAUACUGUUUUCCUGACUAAGGCAACGAAAGAUAAAAUGAGCGAAUCCAUAGAUCCAUGGGGAGACAGCUAUACGGAGCAAGUAAAUGAACAGUCAUUGCGAGAGAUUUUUCAAAACAUAAGACAGCAAGAGCUUCAUGAUUCAGCUAGACUGAUCGAUGAUAUCAAGAGGAAAUAUUUUCCAAGAAGCGAAGUUCCAGGCUUUUUGUUUUGGCGUGUUACAGCCUUGCUUGAUUUCUCUCCUUUAAAUGCUCCGUCGUUAGGCCGGCCAUCAACUAUAUCAGUGGAUGAAGCGGCAAGAAACGAUCGCCUAGAUGUGGUAGACCUUAUGAUACAAUCACAAGGCGGGACGACGCACAAAUAUUUAGGUGUCGAUGGCGAUAUUGACACUGAAAUCACGCACGUCGUACUCGAUGAUUGCCAUCUUGACGGGAUGCAGCGCAUAUUCAAAGCUUUGACAGGCCGACGACAACCUCGAUUUGUCAGUAUGAAGUGGGUCAGCGAUUGCCUUGACAACCGUUCACUUUUGGAUGAAAGAUUGUAUGAACCACGUACAACAGGUUCUAGAGUGGCUAAUUAAAACUAUAUGAGUUGUAUCUGAUAGGAGGAAUUAUAGCGGAACUAUAUGGAAGUGGUUUUCGCCUUUUCUUUUGACUAACUGGUAUCGCUCUAGUUGGUACGACUCAUACAUUUGCCGUGCUAGCGAGACAG